UGUAAACGGAAGUGAACAAUGAACAUUUCCACGUUAACGUUUUUUUAAUUGUUGUUAUUUAACACCAUGGAACUCAAAAUAUUAUACAUUUAACCGCACCGCAGCACAUAUUUAGCCCAUGUAGUCUUUAAUUCGCGUUGGAUAGAGGACUUGGUUUUAUGUAUGUUAUCUAGCUAGGUAACGCUAGCUAGCGGAAAACGUUAGCUAACAAUGGCUAACUGUAUGGUUUUUCACACUCAAAUAGCAUCUAUCAUGGAGGUGCUAGCAAAUGCAGCCGUGGCAGAGAUUUGUAAACUCGUAGACGACGACUAUGCAGAGUUUCGUUUGGAAAUUUCUCAAAGCCAGAAAGAAAACAGGACAUUACGGAGGAAAUUGCAGCUACUUGAACUGAAGGUGUCACGGGAACGCAUACUACCCAGUCGUCCCAGCAGUGUCAAAAUCCUUGACCGAUACAGAAGCAUAGUAAGAGGUGAAGGACAUCUCACUGGAGGCCACAGGAGUGUUGUGAAGCCAACAGGACAAAAUAGAUGGAGAGAUGACCAACCAAUCACUGUUGAUGAGGGGAGUGGAACCUCAACCCAGCAUGUUAUCGUGAUAGAAUCUGCAGAUGCUGCAGGUCCUGGGGUCAAGCUGGAAAGGUCUGAAGGAGAGGAGGACCCACAACACAGCAGAGAGAACCAGACUGGAGUGGCACCCCCUGUAGCCACGGAGGACCACACCACCACCUCAGUGCAGCCCAGGAGCCGACGCAGCGUCACGGAGGAGGAGGGUCCAGAGGUGCUGCUGGUGAAGGAGGAGGGCAGUGAGGAGGGUCUGGGGAACCCUGAGGAGACUAUGGUCAUGGAGGACAACCAGACUACACCUCUUGAACACACAGAGGAACCAGCUGAGCAGCACAGGACCACACACAGUCUCCCUGAGUCAGUAGACAUGGAGGAUGGGAUGCCUGAUCUGCUGCUAGUCAAAGAGGAGGCAGUAGAAGACCGACCAGAGAGCAUUGACCUGCUGAGUGGACUAAAGAUGGGUGGGCAAGGUGGUUGGCUGGAGGCUAAGAGAGGAGACUGGGUGGCCAUCUUGGAUUCCCAAACUCAGACGGGUGCAGCCAAGGGCCCAGGGGACAACAUCACUGAGCAGGCCAGGACAAGAGGCAACAUAGUGGAAGACAGUGGAUGGGACAGCGUCCUCAACUCUGGGCUGGUGAACAACACUGUUAACCACAACCAGAAACAGACAGUGGAACACAAAACAACAUACGAACUUAGUCUCCAUGACAACAGACUGGCUGAGACCAGGGGGAGGUGUAGAUUUGCUCCACGGGGACAGAGAAGUGUCCGUAUGCAGCUGGAGAGAACAGACACAGACUCAGCUAGUGAUGCGCCGUCCUGCUCCUAUAGUUGUGAUUCAGAGAGACUGAUGGCGUCUCAGGUUACUCCCCUAACAGGUGCUGCCUUCAGCCUGCCUUCUAUAGGAUCUCUCAACUGGAACAUGGACCCUGCGACAACACAGACACUUCCUGGCCUUCAUCCUCCUCACACUCUCCUAAUGUUAAACCAGACCUCAGGCAAUAGUGCCUCAACACUAAAUGGGUACACAAGCCCAUUGACAAAUGACAGUAGUAGUAUUAAUGCGGUCAGUCGAUCUGGUGGCAAAGAGAAGCGCUUCCCGUGUCCUUUCUGUGGGAAAGCCUUCAGUUUCCCUAAACAGGUGCAGAUCCACCAGAGGGUCCACACAGGGGUAAAACCCUUCAGCUGUACCCAGUGUCACAUGUGCUUCGCUCAGACUGGUGACCUGAAGAGGCACCAGAGGGUCCACACCGGGGAGAAACCAUAUAGCUGCCCCCAGUGUGAGAAGAGGUUCUCCCGCAAGCACCAGCUGAAUAGGCACCUGAAGGUCCACACGGGAGAGAGGCCGUUCGCCUGUACGCAAUGCAGGAAGAGGUUCUCAGAGAGGAGCAACCUCAGGAUACACCAGCAGAAAGACCAUUCCACUCUAUGACAUAGAAAGGAACCGUAUCACUCAAUACCUUCUGAAGUUUAGAUUAAACCCAGCAUUAAAGAGAAAUAAUAAUUUUCAUUGUCAGCAGAAAAGAUCCACAGAUGCAUUUGGAAUGACAGAUUUCAGUGUUGAAUAUUCCUCGGUAGAAUAUUGCAUCCAGACAUUGUGAGUGUACAAAACAUUUAGAAUACCUUCCAAAUAUUUAUUUGCAUCCCCCAUUUUGCCCUCAGAACAGCCUCAAUACGUAGGGGGCAUGGACUCUACAAAGUGUCGAAAGCAUUCCACCGGGAUGCUGGUCCGUAUUGACUCCAAUGCUUCUCACAGUCGUGUCAAAUUGUCUGUUCUUUGGCUGGUGGACCAUACUUGAUACAUAUGGGAAACUGUUGAGCGUGAAAAACCCAGUAGCAUUGCGGUUCUUGACACAAACUGUUGCGCCCGGCACCUAAUACGAUACCCCGUUCAAAAGCACUUAAAUAUUUUGACUUGCCCAUUCACCCUCUGAAUGGCACACAUACACGAUCCAUGACUCAACUGUCUCAAGGUUAAAAAUCCUCCUUUAACCAGUCUUCUCCCCUUCAUCUACACUGAUUGAUGUGACGACAAUAACAGAUCAUAUUUCCUUCACCUAGUUAGUCUGUCAUGGAAAGAGCAAGUGUUCACAGUCAUUUAUACACUGAACAAAAAUAUAAAAUGCAACAAUUUAAAAGAUUUUACUUGAGUUAUAGAAAUCAGUCAAUUGAAAUAAAUGAAUUAGGCCCUAAUCUAUGGAUUCACAUGACUGGGCAGGGGUGCAGCCAUGGGUGGACCUUGGAGGGCAUAGGCCCAGCCAGUCAGAAUGAGUUUAUCCACACAAAAGGGCUUUAUUACAUACAGAAAAUACUCCUCAGCACCCCCUCAGACUAUCCUGAAGGCGAAGAAGCCGGAUACCCUGGUCCUGGGCUGGCAUGGCUACACGUGGUCUGCGGUUGUGAGGCCGGUUGGACGUACUGCCAAAUCCUCUAAAACGAAAUGAACAUUCAAUUGCCGGGCAACAGUUCUGGUGGAUAUUUCUGCAGUCUGCAUGCCAAUUGCACGCUCCCUCAACUUAAGACAUCUGUGCAAGUGUUGUGUGACAAAACUGCACAUUUUAAAGUGUCCUUUUAUUGUCCCCCAGCACAAGGUGCACCUGUGUAAUGAACAUACUGUUUAAUCAGCUUCUUGAUAUGCCACACUUGUCAGGUGGAUUGAUUAUCUUGGCUAAGGAGAAAUGCUCACUAACAGGGAUGUAAACUAAUGUAUGCACAGAAUGAGAGAAAUAAGCUUUUUGUGUGUAUGGAAAAUCUCUGGAAUCUUUUAUUUCAACUCAUGAGAGAUGGGACCAACACUUCACGUUGCAUUUAUUUUUUGUUCAGUGUACAUAAACUCAGCAAAAAAAAAAAGGUUAUUUUUCAGGACCCUGUCUUCCAAAGAUAUUUUGAUUUUUACAAAUUAACUUCACAGAUCUUCAUUGUGAAGGGUUUAAACACUGUUUCCCAUGCUUGUUCAAUGAACCAUAAAUGAAUGAACAUGCUCAUGUUGAACGGUCGUUAAGACAGUAACAGCUUGCAGACGGUAGGCAAUUAAGGUCAGUUUGAGGAGCACCAAAAUGUACAUUUGAUUUCUCAGAGGACAAACCAUUCACAGAGACAAACUAAUAUCUUUCCAACAGAUAAGAUCUAAACCAGGCCAGAACUUGUCCGUGUAGACCAAUUUGAGUUUCCAAUCUCUCCAAAAGAAUGUGGUGAUCGAUGGUAUCAAAAGCAGCACUAAGGUCUAGGAGCACGAGGACAGAUGCAGAGCCUUGGUCUGACGCCAUUAAAAGGUAAUUUACCAACGUCACGAGUGCAGUCUCAGUGUUAUGAUGGGAUCUCAAACCAGACUGAAGUGUUUCGUAUUUUUUGUCUUCAGAAAGGCAAUGAGUUGCUGUGCAACAGCUUUUUAAAAUUUAUUUGAGAGGGAUGGGAGAUUCAAUAUAGGCCGAUAGUUUAUAUUUUCUGGGUCAAAGUUUGGCUUUUUCAAGAGAGGUCAGAUUACUGCCACCUUUAGUGAGUUUGGUACACAUCCGGUGGGUUGGGAGACGUUUAUUAUGUUCAACAUAGGAGGGCCAAACACAGGAAGCAGCUCUUUCAGUAGUUUAGUUGGAAUAUGGUCCAGUAUGCAUCUUGAAAGAUUAGAGGCCAUGACUAUUUUCCUCAAUGUGUCAAGAGAUAUAGUAUUAAACAACUUGAGUGUCUCCCUUGAUCCUAGGUCAUGGCAGUGUUGUGCAGACUCAGGACAACUGAGCUUUGGAGAAAUACGCUGAUUUAAAGAUGAGUCCGUAAUUUGAUUUGUAAUGAUCAUGAUCUUUUCGUCAAAGUAGUUCAUGAAUUUAUCACUACUGAAGUGAAAGCCAUCCAAUUAUAACCCUGUUACACUAGUCAGAAGACUUUCAGUUUGUUGUAGAGCCAUAUCUGUUCCAAUUUUCUGGAAGCUUGCUUCAGGGCUCGGGUAUUUUCUGUAUACCAGGGAGCUAGUUUCUUUCGACAAAUGUUUUUUUUUGUGUUUUUUUUUUGUGACUGCAUCUCUAGUAUUACGCAAGGUUAAAUUUAGUUCCUUGGUUAGGUGGUUAACCGAUUUUUGUACUCUGACGUCCCUGGGUAGGUGGAAGGGGUCUGGAAGGGCAUCUAGGAAUCUUUGGGUUGCCCGAGAAGUUAAAGUACGACUUUUGAUUGUCCUUGGUUGGGGUCUGAGCAGAUUAUGUGUUGUGAUUGCAAAUGUAAUAAAAUGGUGCUCUAAUAGUCCAGGAUUAUGAUGAAAAACAUUAAGAUCCACAAUAUUUAUUCCAUGGGACAAAACUAGGUCCAGAGUGACUGUGGCAGUGAGUAGGUUCAGAGACAUGUUGGACAAACCCAACUGAGUCGAUGAUGCCUCCGAAAGCCUUUUGGAGUGGGUCUGUGGACUAUUCCAUGUGAAUAUUAAAGUCACCAAAAAUGUGAAUAUUAUCUGCCAUGACUACAAGGCCCAAUAGGAAUUCAGGGAACUCAGUGAGGAAUGAUAUAUACGAGCCUAAAUAAUCCUAAAUAAGUUCAGGAAUAAAACUGCGUUUAACAGAUCACAAAAGUUGCAUGGAUUCAUUCUGUGUUCAAUAAUAACGGUUAACAUGAUUUUUCAAUGACUACCCCAUCUCUGUACUCCAAACAUACAAUUAUGUGUAAGAUUUCUCAAUUGAGUAGUGAAUUUCAGCACAGAUUGAACCACAAAGACCAGGGUGGUUUUUCAAUACCUCGCAAAGAACGGAAACGAUUGGUAGAUGUGUACAAAUAAAUACAAAAUGACUCAACAUCCGUUUGAGCAUGGUGGAGUUAUGAAUUAGGCUUUGGAUGGUGUAUAAAUCCCAGUCACUUCAAAGAUACAGGCGUCAGAGAGGAAGGAAACUGCUCAGGGAUUUCACCAUGAGGCCAAUGGUGAUUUUAAAACAGUUACCGAGUUUAAUGGUUGUGAUAUGAGAGAACUGAGGAUGGAGCAACAACAUUGUAAAUUACUCCACAAUACUAACCUAAAUGACUCAUUGAAAAGAAGGAAACCUGAACAGAAUAAAAAUGUUCCAAAACAUGCAUCCUGUUUGCAGCAAGGCAAACAAUGUGGCAAAGAAAUUAACUUCAUGUCCUGAAUACAAAGUGUUAUGUUUGGGGAAAAUCCAACAUUACACAUCACUGUUCAAGCAUGGUGGUGGCUGCAUCAUGUUAUGGGUAUUCUUGUCAUCAGCAAGGACUAGGGAGUUUUUUUAGGUUAAACAGAAACAGAAUUCAGCUAAGCACAGGCAAAAUCCUAGAGGAACACCCAGUUCAGUCUGCUUUCCAACAUACACUGGGAGACAAAUUCACCUUUCAGCAGGACAAUUACUUCAAACACAAGGCCAAAUCUACACUGGAGUUGCUUACCAAGACAACAUUGAAUGUUCCUGAGUGGCUUCGUUACAGUUUUGACUUAAAUCGUCUUGAGAAUCUACGGGUGUCUAAAUGGCUGUCUAACAAUGAUCAACAACCAAUUUGACAGAGAUUGAAGAAUUUUAAAAAUAAUAAUGGGCCAAUAUUGUACAGUUCAGGUGUGACUCACAGCUUUAAUCACUGACAAAGGUGUUUUUAACUCAGGGGGGUGACAACUUAUCUAAUCAAGAUAUAUAUUAUUGUUACAUUUUUUCAUUCAUUCCUCAUUUUUUUGUGUGAUUUAGACCAAAAAAAAUCAAAUUAAAUUCAUGUUAAUCUCACUCUAACACAACAAAAUGUGGAAAAAGUAAAGCGGUAUGAAUACUUCCUGAAGACACUGUAGAUGUAGUCGUUGCAGCAGCAGAUAAAUAUUUGGAUGUGAGAGAUUUUAGUGCAAAAUAUCUACAGGAACGGCCUGGUGUAGGAUCGAGGGAUGGGGUGGUGGGUUUUUGGGAAUAGCGUAUAAGUGCAGGAUUAGAUGGUGGUUCAAUUUUCCCCUUCUCCCUUUUUUUGCAAUAGGGUCUGACUCCAGCAGAUAGAUUCUCAUGCCACAGAUGAUGCAAGACAUACGAGAUGAGACAGGAUGUCGAAUGGUGCCAGAGAGGAUGGUGCGUUACCUCCACCAACAGCAUGGGUGGUGAAAUCUUUGUGAAACGCAGAGUAGGUGAACGGAUCUCCUCAUGUGGUUCCCACCGUGAAGCAUGGAGGAGGAGGUGUGAUGGUGCUUUGCUGUUGACACUGUCUGUGAUCUAUUUAGAAUUCAAGGCACACUUAACCAGCGUGGCUACCACAGCAUUCUGCAGCGAUACGCCAUCCCAUCUGGUUUAAGCUGAGUGGGACUAUCUUUUGUUUUUCAACAGGACAAUGACCCAACACACCUCCAGGCUGUGUAAGGGCUAUUUGACCAAGAAUGAGAGUGAUGGAGUGCUGCAUCAGAUGACCUGGCCUCCACAAUCACCCAACCUCAACCCAAUUGAGAUGGUUUGGGAUGAGUUGGACCUCAGAGUGAAGGAAAAGCAGUGCUCAGCAUAUAUGGGAACUCCUUCAAGACUGUUGGAAAAGCAUUCCUCAUGAAGCUGGUUGAGAGAAUGCCAAGAGUGUGCAAAGCUGUCAUCGAGGCAAAGGGUGGCUACUUUGAAGAUUCUCAAAUAUAAAAUAUAUUUAGAUUUGUUCAACACUUUUUUGGUUACUACAUGAUUCUGUGUGUUAUUUAAUAGUUUUGAUGUCUUCACUAUUAUUUUACAAUGUAUAAAAUAGUAAAAAUAAAGA